AUGUUAAUAAUAUUGUCUCCUAGGUCUUUAAUACCUUCCUACAUUAGAGACUCUUCAGUAGCUGUAAUCGUUUACGAUGUAACCAAUACAAACUCGUUCCAACAAACGACAAAAUGGAUUGAUGACGUCCGAAGGGAGAGAGGGGACGAAGUUAUCAUUAUUUUAGUCGGUAACAAAAUAGACUUGGAGAGCAUACGCGAAGUUCCUAGAGAGUUGGGAGAAGAAAAAGCCGAAGAAUUGCACACUUUGUUUAUAGAAACGAGCGCUAAAAUAGGUUAUAACAUAAAACAACUGUUUCGAAGGAUCGGGGAGGCCCUGCCAGAUAGAGAGGAUAACUUUGUACAAAAUGAGUGUCGGCACGAAAUAAACUUGAACACGCCUGAAGAAAUAAGCACUAAACAAUGUUCGUGUUAAAUUUUUUGAAUAAAUA